AUUGCGCGAUAUAUUUGAUUUAUUGAACCUAUGACGAGUUUCCGCUUGAACCGGAAGUAUACCACCUCGGUCUUAUUUUAACCGUUGAACGUGUUGGCCGGCCGCUGAUUCACAAAGUUCAUAAAUGUGGUAAGUUCCGUUUUAAUUACAGCUGUAGCUUCAGAAAGUUUGAGGAAGGUUCAGUCGACGGUUCUAUUUAAAGAAUGUCGGACUGUCAGUGAUGAAAAAACGGGCAGUAGAAACGGAGUCGAACGGCAGAGCUACACGGUGUUCUGGUUUAAUGAGUGACCGUGUUAACCGGUGACCCCUUCGUUAGUGUUUGCUGAGGAACAUGGCUGAAAGUCACCACCUUACACAGUUACUCUUUGAAGCGUAACACCAGCUAGCCCCUUUAACCUGUUCUUAAUAAGCGGAACAGGAGUUUACUUUGACAUUAGACAGAUUUAUAAGAACAAGAGUGAAAAGGUGUCGGUUUUAGGGUUAGCUUAGCUUCAGUAAACUCUGUUUUAAAGUUACUAUGCUGCUGUGUUUGUGUUUUGGUUAGCUGUUAGCUGUUAGCUUCUCCUCAGGCCUCCUGCUGUGAGUAACAGGUCAGAGUCUCUGAUUCAUGAUUACAGAAGACUUUAAAUCUUUACAAAUGAGGAAAUUUUAACCUUCAAAUGUAUGUCUGACCGAAACCUCCACUGAUCCAAAAUGACCCUGACUAGAAUGAAGGAGUUUUAAACUGUAAAAAAUGUCUUUCAUUUUGGAUGAAAAUGAUGAUUUUUAUCAUAUUUUUGUCACCAAAAGAGUUAUUUCAUGUCUGAUCUGUUCAUUUAUCACUUAUUUACAUUUUUUAUGAUAAAACAACUUUGAGAAAGGUUAAAAAAAAAAAAAGGAGGUCUACCUCCAAAUAUGAUUCGAACACAAGAAUGAUUUUAGAUUUUACAUGUUAGUUUAUUUUAAUUUGUCUUUAAUUUUAACACAAACUUGUUAUCAAAACUUUAGCUCUCAGUGUUUCUGUUCCCUCGUGUCACACGCCCAGAUAAAAACACAUCCUGUCUUCUCUCUCCUCGCUGGUUUAAUCUGACCUCCUUCCUCCUCUGGCUGUGAGGGUCCUCCUCUCAGGGUCACUGCAUGUCCUGAACUGUUACUGGAUUUACAGUCUUGGUUUCUGAAGCUCAUCUUCCUCCUCUUCCUCUUCUGUUGGCCCUGUCUGUUUACGCUCUUUAGUCGUCUCAUACCUGUCCGUUGCCGUAGUGAUGAAGGUUGUAGGCGUGGGUAACCUUCUAGUCGACUUCUAAAUAUAAGGCGUCACAAACUCAUGUGAGAGCUCUGUAAGACGGCGCCAUCAGGCGUUCCUGAUACCUGCAUAUGAAAGAGGAGUAGCCCUCCAGGAUGAUAUCGAUCAUGUUGUACUGCAGCAGCAUGGACCACAUCUGCAUUUGGUGUUUACAGGUGUAGGUGCCAACCGUCUGCUCUAAGAUAUCUGUUCUACACCUCCGUCCGUCCGUGUGGUCGUAGAAGUAAAUCACUUCUGUUUUAAAGUUAUAAUGUGAGGAUGAUAUCACAACACUAUCAUAAAAAUCCACGGAUGUGGAAAAUAAGUCCAUAUUUUACAGCAGCUCGUUUAUCAGGAGGUGUAAAAAUGAUCAUAUUUACCUGUGAUCAGGUCAUUAGGCAGCAGAUACUCGGUGUUUGUUACAAGUAAAGACCAACUUUAAGUCUCAGUUCUAACUUCAUCUAACUUCAGUAACAAACUGUUUGCUGUUUAUCUUCACUUUAUUAUCGUACAUAAACCUGCAGCUCAUUUUCAGGUUAAAAUGGUUGAAACUCAGGAUGAGAAUUUUCAGGGUAACUUCAUAUAAACUCAGUUUUAUACAGAUAAAACUAUUUUCACCACUUUAGUAUCAGAAGGAUUAAAGACCCGGUUUCAUUUCUCUGGUUCUGUUGAAUAAAGUUCUGGUUUCUCCUCCAUCAGAGCGUCUCCUCGUCUGAUUCAGGAUCAGCUGGUUGAACAGAGAGCGAUGGCCGGUCCAGAGCUCCUGCUGGACUCCAGCAUUCGGUUAUGGGUCGUCCUCCCCAUCGUCUUCAUCACCUUCUUUGUCGGGAUCAUCCGACACUACGUCACUCAGCUGCUGCAGAGCGACAAGAAGGUGGACCUGGAGCAGGUUUCUGACAGGUGAGGGACGGCAGAUCGGACCUGAAGGAGGUUCUUCUCUCAGGAUUCAGUGGAGCUGCUGCAGACGGAGUAACCUGUGUGUGUGUGUGUGUGUGUGUGUGUGUGUGUGUGUGUGUGUGUGUGUGUGUGUGUGUGUGUGUGUGUGUGUGUUCAGCCAGGUGCUGCUGCGGAGCCGCAUCCUUAGAGAGAACGGGAAGUACAUUCCUCGACAGGUGAGCUCAGACUCAGUCCGUUUCCAUGACACUCGAGUCGGACUGCAACUAACGAUUAUUUUGAUAAUCGAUUAAUCUGUCGACUAUUUUAAUAACUAAUCGAUUAAUCGGAUAAACAGGCUAAAUUCAUCAAUACAGCUGUUAAUAGCAAUAGCAUAGGUCUUUAGUUUAUCAUAUGAGUUUAUCUGCCAUGAGGUGUUGAGGUCUCUGCAUGUGUAGGUUACUGACUUACUGUAAUCAUCGGGUCUUUCUCGUCCUUAUAAAAACCUGCUCUAUUUCGGCGAGUGUCUGUCUUCUUCUGUAGUCAAACCGCAAGAUAUCAAAAUCUACCCGGAUACAGCAAUGCUGCUUUUUGAUUGGCUGUUCAGUAGAUAUACUUUAUUUGAUUGGCUUGCGCGUGGCACGCAGCUUCUGAACUCUCGGAGAAACUCAGUUGAUUUCCCCCAGUCCCAUAGUUGAAGAAGUGCAACUUGGUGGACAUCACCGUGUUCAUUUAAAUGCGUGAGAAAUACAAUGUGUGGUGUGUGAGCGUGUGAACGAGUGGGAAUGCGUGUGUCAUACGCUGAAUGCGUGAGACUUGAGAGCCCUGUACUCACGCAUCAUCGAUGUACUCCCGAGCCAUGCAAAACGGUCUUUGCAAAUGUUGCACUGAACGCCUUCCUUUUCAGUCUUGGUGAAGUUUUCCCACACCACUGAUGUUUUAGGUCGGGAUUUGGGUUGGGUUGUGUCCAUGUUUUUCUCAGCCGCUGCCUCGGCCAUGGCUGUUUCUUUUCUGUGCGUCCUGCUGAUGUUUACACGCCGGUGUCCAUGGACAUAUAUAAAGACCCGGCGAAUCGAUUACAGAAUUUGUUGGCAACGGAUUUUUUUGUCACGACGAAUCGACUUUAUCGAUUCGUUGUUGCAGCCUUACACUUGAGAAAACCGAAUUAUCGCCUUAUUCCGAUUAAGACCAGACAACUGAAGGUCAUGUAAACACCUUACCCCCGACCUCCACCUUCAUCCUGAUGGUCUCCUAAAAGGUCGUAUCCUCCGAUCGUAGCUGAUCGUAACCAUUCAAGUUAACGUGUCAAUUUACACCGACUUCUUUCCGUUCCUCUGAGGAUCGCCGGACUCCUCAGCUGAUCACAAGAGUUCUCUUUUUUUCUGGACGCCGGAGCAUGGCGGAUAAAUUCAGCACAGAUUAACCCGUGCUGGAAAGGAAGUCGGGCACAGACACAAAAUAAAACAUCCGGCUUCUUUUCAAAAUAAAACACGAUUGACGAACAAGUGAAAGGUUUUUAGACGUCAUUUCGCCCCGAUGACACCAUGGAUGAGGAGAUGCUGAUUCUAGAAGUCUAGAAGUAGAUUUCCUCCUCUGGAAGGACACAAUCUACUGCUUAUAUGUCUAUGUGUCUGUCUUUAGAGAGACAACUCGUUAUCGCUGGUUCUUGUGAUUCCUGCUGUCUGUAAUCUGUCACAAAGUUCUCCUCACAAACCGGUCCAGUAUGAAUCCAGAGACGUCGACAUGAACACGUUGAUACUGAUUUAAUGUUGUCGCUGUUUUCAGUCGUUCGCCAUGAGGAAACAUUACUUCAACAACGCAGAGACGGGCUUCUUCAAAAAGGUGAAGAGGAAGGUCGUCCCCAAGAACCCCAUGACAGGUAACAGGACCCGGGUUCUCGUCAGGAACUGAGGACCUUCUAGAGCUUUUCUCUGUCCUACAGGGAGGAGGAGUUUGUCUCUCAGCUCAUGUCUUUACUGUGAGACGGAUGGAUGCAGGUUCUGUAGUGUAUUAAGGGAGGCCUCCCAGCAUGCACUGGGGCAGAAGACUCCUCCCUCUGACUCUGACGGGGGUCGAACUAAGAGUGAUCUUUGUUUUUUCAGACACCAGCAUGUUGACAGACAUGAUGAAGGGAAACCUGACCAACGUCCUGCCCAUGAUUCUGAUUGGUGGAUGGAUCAACUGGGCGUUCUCGGGCUUCGUCAUCAGUGAGUGUUUCAGCUUUGCAUGCUGGGUAUUCAUCUGUGUGUGAGGUCAUGUUGUCAGAGUUCACUGCAUCACCGCCGAGCAGAGGAAGAGAGACAACGCAGGAGUCAGAGAGGCGCCACCUGCAGGCCAAACCCUGAACUUCGCCUCCUUUGACUCGUGCAGGAAGUAAAAAUGUCACUCUCCAGAUAUGAUUCCAGUAUUUCCUGAUUUAUUGCGCCCUCUAGAGUUGGAAACUGAGCGUUGCGUCUCCUCAGUCACUCGUAGAUAACAGGUCUGAGCUGAAAUAACAGAAUCAUGAGGCGGUCGGUGAAAAAGGAGAAACAUUUGUCAGGUCUGUCCUCAACAACCUUUAGAGAGUUUGUUUGUUUAAUGGGGGCGGAGCCUCAAAUAACGCUGAUGUUCUUGGUCUCAUAAAUCACUUCAGUUUAGAUCCUCUGAAAUAGUUCCUCUCAGCUCCUCCUGAUGACUGUCGGUGAAUCUAAGCUGCUGUUCUUCUGUUCUUCUGUGCAGCGAAGGUCCCGUUCCCGCUGACUCUGAGGUUCAAACCGAUGCUGCAGAGAGGGAUCGACCUGCUGUCUCUGGACGCCUCCUGGUGAGACUCUGAUGAACGCAGACCGGAGUCAGUCUGUGUUUUCACUCAAACACAGACUGACUCUGAGGAUCGUCUCUCUGUUCAGUUUCAUCCAGCUGUAACCGUCUCUGCUGUUUCAGGGUGAGCUCUGCAUCCUGGUAUUUCCUCAACGUGUUUGGACUGAGGAGCAUGUACAGCCUCAUACUGGGACAGGACAACGGUGAGAGACCGGAUCCAAAGACCAGAGACCGUAUUUUUAACCCCCAAACUUCCAGAAUACUUUAAAUAAGUCUGUGUUUAUUAGGAUCAGCUGUGUCGAGAUAAAUCUCGUCCUCCUGGAGUCAAAGUUCCCAGAAACAGGAACUCUUAAUAACUCCUGAUUUUUGUGGUGAAGGAGAUAAAAUGUUAAAACUCAGUGUGACCACAGUGACCCGAACACGCUCUCCUUUAUGACCUUGUCUGAUCGAAGCUGUUUUCACUCGUAGCUGCGGACCAAUCACGGGUCAUGCAAGAACAGAUGACAGGCGCUGCCAUGGCGAUGCCCCCUGACCCCAACAAGGCUUUUAAGGUGAGACUUCAUCCACAAAGUCAGUCGUGUUUGUUUGUUUGAUAGAAAUGACUCCAGAAAGUGACUCUGUGUGUUUCAGAGCGAGUGGGAGGCUCUGGAGAUCGUGGAACAUAAGUGGGCGUUGGAGAACGUGGAGGAGGAGCUGAUGUCCCGGGACCUCAACUUUGGGACCUUCUUCAGACAGGACCUGAAAUCCACCAUGUUUUAGAACCGACAGGAACCCUGAGAGCUGUGGAGCAUCUGUGAAAAGGUUCAAGAACUGUAAACUGAAAAUCCCAGAGUAAAAAACAGGAGGAUGUUGUUUCCCACCGUGUUUACACCUGAUGAGUCAUUUAAGAACCAAGCAUCACUUUUGAUUCUUUUUCACUGUUCGAGCGUCGAAGGAUCCAGUUCUCGAUAACCUCCUCUGGUGAUCCGGUUGACUCAGUUAAACCAGCAGACGAAUCCUCUCAGGAGGCGUUUAAAGACCCAGUGGGAGGAGCUCUAGACAACAGCAGGGUGAAGACUGUGCGUCCCCCUCUUCACUGACGAUCCAGCUGAUUGUGUGACCGCUCAAUAAAAGGUGCCAUGACGACUAACUGGAUUCUCUUGUGUUUCACUGAAGCACCAAGAAUAACAUCGCUUCAUUUACCAGUAAACUGGUAAGGACAGGAGAUCGCAGAGUCUUAAAAAGUAUUCAAAGUUGAUAAAUCAAUUGUGGGAAAAUUAAGGCCCUUUAAAAGAUAUUCAAAAGUCUUCAUCGCAAUUUUAAGAGGUAUAACAUUUGACCGGUAUUCAAGCUUUGACUCCAUAUGUAUGAUAAAAAUAUCCUAUUAUAGUAUGAAAAAAGAAAUGUUCAGAAUAGUAUCAUAAGAAGAUCAUGAUAGUGCAUGAAAAUCAAUGUCAUAGUUCCUUUAAAAAAUCAUAAUUAAUUAUGACUAUAAAAUAAUAGUACAGUUUAAAAAAUGUCAGUAUAAUAAAAAUAUUAUAGUACAAAUAUAAUAUUAAAAAAAACGUCAUAGACUAUACUGUGGCAUGUUUUUUCAUCCUUAAAUCUGAAAUUUUGGUCAUAGUAUACUGAUCAAAAUGACAUAGAUUAGGAUGUAAAAAAUGUCCAAUUUUACCAUGUAAAGAAAAAUAAUUUUUUAGUCUGAAAAAAAAAACGUCAUAGUAUACUAUGACCAAAAUUUCAGAUUUUAGGGUGAAAAAAAAAUUCUGAUUUAAGGGUUAAACAUGCCAUAGUACAGUCAGAUCAAAAUGACAUAGAUUAGGAUGUUCAAAAUGUCAUAUUUUUGCAUGAAAAAAAAAAUUUAUAUUUUCCUCCAAAAAAAAAAAAAUAUAGUAAACUAUGACCAAAAUUUCAGAUUUUCAGGUGAAAAAAAAAUUCUGAUCUAAGGAUGAAAAAACAUGCCACAGUAUAGUCUGAUAAAAUUGAUAUAGAUUAGGCUGUUAAAGUUGUCAAAUUUUAGUACGUUAAAAAAAAACAUAUUUUAGUCAGAGUAAAAAACAACAUAGUAUUCUAUGACCAAAAUUUCAGAUUUUUGGGUGAAAAAAAAAUUCUGAUUUAAGGAUGAAAAGACAUGCCAUAGUAUGGUCUGAUCAAAAUGACAUAGAUAAGGAUGUUAAAAAUGUAUUAUUUAAGCACUUAAAAAAAACAAUUAUUUUUGACUCCUUAAAAAAACGACAUAGUAUACUAUGACCAAAAUAUCACAUUUUUGGGUGAAAUUUUUUUUUCUGAUUUAAGAGUGAAAAAACAUGCCAUAGUUUAGUCUGAUAAAAAUGACAUUGAUUAGGAUGUUCAACAUGUCAUAUUUUUGCAUGAAAAAAAAUAUAUUUUGUUCCGCAAAAAAAACGUCAUAGUAUACUAUGACCAAAAUGUCAGAUUUUAGGGUGAAAAAAAAAAUUCGGAUUUAAGGGUGAAAUAACAUGCCAUAGUACAGUCUGAUCAAAAUGACAUAGAUUAGGAUGUUCAACAUGUCAUAUUUUUGCAUGAAAAAAAAUAUAUUUUGUUCCGCAAAAAAAACGUCAUAGUAUACUAUGACCAAAAUGUCAGAUUUUAGGGUGAAAAAAAUAUUCUGAUUUAAGGAUGUAAAAACAUGCCAUAGUACAGUCUGAUCAAAAUUACAUAGAUUAGGAUGUUAAAAAUGUCAUAUUUAACCAAGUGAAAAAGAAAAAUGUUUUUAGUCUGAGAAAAAAAACGACAUAGUAUACUAUGACCAAAAUGUCAGAUUUUUGGGUGAAAAAAAAACAUGCCAUGGUAUAGUCUGAUCAAAGUGACAUAGAUUAGGAUGUUCAAAAUGUCAUAUUUAACCAAGUGAAAAAAAAAAAUACUCAGAUUUUUGGGUGAAAAAAAAAUUCUGAUUUAAGGGUGAAAUAACAUGCCAUAGUAUAGUCUGAUCAAAAUGAUAUAGAUAAGGGUGCUCAAAAUGUCAUAUUUUUGCAUGAAAAAAAUAUAUAUAUCUUGUUCCGAAAAAAAAAUGGCAUAGUAUACUAUGACCAAAAUGUCAGAUUUUAGGGUGAAAAAAAAUUUCUGAUUUAAGGAUGUAAAAACAUGCCAUAGUACAGUCUGAUCAAAAUUACAUAGAUUAGGAUGUUAAAAAUGUUAUAUUAUAGCACGUGAAAAAGAAAAAUAUUUUUACUCCAAGAAAAAAAACGACAUAGUAUACUAUGACCAAAAUGUCCGAUUUUUGGGUGAAAAAUUUUUUCUGAUUUAAGGGUGAAAAAACAGGCCAUAGUAUAGUCUGAUCAAAAUGAUAUAGAUUAGGGUGUUCAAAAUGUCAUAUUUUUGCAUGAAAAAAAUAUAUAUAUCUUGUUCCGAAAAAAAAAACGUCAUAGUAUACUAUGACCAAAAUUUCAGAUUUUAGGGUGAAAAAAAAAUUCUGAUUUAAGGGUUAAACAUGCCAUAGUACAGUCUGAUCAAAAUUACAUAGAUUAGGAUGUUCAAAAUGUCAUAUUUAACCAAGUGAAAAAGAAAAAUAUUUUUAGUCCGAAAAAAAAUGACAUAGUAUACUAUGACCAAAAUGUCAGAUUUUAGGGUGAAAAAAAAAUUCUGAUUUAAGGAUGUAAAAACAUGUCAUAGUAUAGUCUGAUCAAAAUGAUAUAGAUAAGGAUGUUCAGAAUGUCAUAUUUUUGCAUGAAAAAAAUACAUAUAUUUUGUUCCGAAAAAAAAAGGUCAUAGUAUACUAUGACCAAAAUUUCAGAUUUUAGGGUGAAAAAAAAAUUCUGAUUUAAGGAUGUAAAAACAUGCCAUAGUAUAGUCUGAUCAAAAUGACAUAGAUUAGGAUGUUAAAAAUGUCAUAUUUAACCAAGUGAAAAAGAAAAAUAUUUUUAGUCCAAGAAAAAAAACGACAUAGUAUACUAUGACCAAAAUUUCCGAUUUUUGGGUGAAAAAAAAAAUUCUGAUUUAAGGUUGAAAAAACAUGCCAUAGUAUAGUCUGAUCAAAAUUACAUAGACUAGGAUGUUCAAAAUGUCAUAUUUAACCAAGUGAAAAAAAAAAACUUUUAGUCCGAAAAAAAAAAACGACAUAGUAUACUAUGACCAAAAUUUCCGAUUUUAGGGUUGAAAAAAAAAUUCUGAUUUAAGGAUGUAAAAACAUGUCAUAGUACAGUCUGAUCAAAAUUACAUAGAUUAGGAUGUUAAAAAUGUCAUAUUAUAGCACGUAAAAAAAAUUUAUGUUUUUAGUCCAAGAAAAAAAACGACAUAGUAUACUAUGACCAAAAUGUCAGAUUUUUGGGUGAAAAAAAAUUUCUGAUUUAAGGAUGAAAAAACAUGCCAUAGUACAGUCUGAUCAAAAUUACAUAGAUUAGGAUGUUCAAAAUGUCAUAUUUAACCAAGUGAAAAAAAAAAACUUUUAGUCCGAAAAAAAAAACGACAUAGUAUACUAUGACCAAAAUGUCAGAUUUUAGGGUGAAAAAAAAAUUCUGAUUUAAGGAUGUAAAAACAUGUCAUAGUAUAGUCUGAUCAAAAUGAUAUAGAUUCUGAUGUUCAAAAUGUCAUAUUUUUGCAUGAAAAAAAAAUAUAUAUUUUGUUCCGAAAAAAAAAACGUCAUAGUAUACUAUGACCAAAAUUUCAGAUUUUAGGGUGAAAAAAAAAUCUGAUUUAAGGGUGAAAAAACAUGCCAUAGUAUAGUCUGAUCAAAAUGACAUAGAUUAGAUUGUUCAAGAUUUCAUAUUUUUGCAUGAAAAAAAUAUAUAUAUUUUGUUCCGAAAAAAAAAACGUCAUAGUAUACUAUGACCAAAAUUUCAGAUUUUUGGGUGAAAAAAAAAUUCUGAUUUAAGGAUGAAAAAACAUGCCACGGUAUAGUCUGAUCAAAAUUACAUAGAUUAGGAUGUUCAAAAUGUUAUAUUAUAACACGUAAAAAAAAUUUAUGUUGUUAGUCCAAGAAAAAAAACGACAUAGUAUACUAUGACCAAAAUUUCAGAUUUUAGGGUGAAAAAAAAAUUCUGAUUUAAGGAUGUAAAAACAUGCCAUAGUACAGUCUGAUCAAAAUUACAUAGAUUAGGAUGUUAAAAAUGUUAUAUGAUAGCACGUAAAAAAAUAAUAUUUUGACUCCAAGAAAAAAAACGACAUAGUAUACUAUGACCAAAAUGUCAGAUUAUAGUGUGAAAAAAAAAUUCUGAUUCAAGGAUGUAAAAACAUGCCAUUGUACAGUCUGAUCAAAAUUACAUAGUUUAGGAUGUUAAAAAUGUAAUAUUAUAGCACGUAAAAAAAAUUUAUGUUGUUAGUCCAAGAAAAAAAAGAACAUAGUAUACUAUGACCAAAAUUUCAGAUUUUUUGGUAAAAAAAAAAUCCGGAUUUAAGGAUGUAAAAACAUGCCAUAGUACAGUCUGAUCAAAAUGACAUAGAUGAGGAUGUUAAAAAUGUUAUAUCAUAGCACGUAAAAAAAAAAUUUAUGUUGUUAGUCCAAGAAAAAAAACGACAUAGUAUACUAUGACCAAAAUUUCAGAUUUUUGGGUGAAAAAAAAAUUUCUGAUUUAGGGAUGAAAAAACAUGCCAUAGUACAGUCUGAUCAAAAUUACAUAGACUAGGAUGUUCAAAAUGUUAUAUUAUAGCACGUAAAAAAAAUUUUUGUUUUUAGUCCAAGAAAAAAAACGACAUAGUAUACAAUGACCAAAAUUUCAGAUUUUAGGGUGAAAAAAAAUUUCUGAUUUAAGGAUGUAAAAACAUACCAUAGUACAGUCUGAUCAAAAUUACAUAGAUUAGGAUGUUAAAAAUGUUAUAUGAUAGCACGUAAAAAAAUUAAUAUUUUUACUCCAAGAAAAAAAACGACAUAGUAUACUAUGACCAAAAUGUCAGAUUUUUGGGUGAAAAAAAUAUUCUGAUUUAAGGAUGUAAAAACAUGCCAUAGUAUAGUCUGAUCAAAAUGAUAUAGAUUAGGAUGUUCAAAAUGUCAUAUUUUUGCAUUAAAAAAUAUUUAUUUUGUUCCGAAAAAAAAAAACGACAUAGUAUACUAUGACCAAAAUGUCAGAUUUUAGGGUGAAAAAAAUAUUCUGAGUCAAGGAUGUAAAAACAUGCCAUUGUACAGUCUGAUCAAAAUUACAUAGAUUAGGAUGUUAAAAAUGUAAUAUUAUAGCACGUAAAAAAAAUUUGUUUUUAGUCCAAGAAAAAAAACGACAUAGUAUACUAUGACCAAAAUUUCUGAUUUUUGGGUGAAAAAAAAACUCUGAUUUAAGGAUGAAAAAACAUGCCACGGUAUAGUCUGAUCAAAAUUACAUAGAUAAGGUUGUUAAAAAUGUCAUAUUUAACCAAGUGAAAAAGAAAAAUAUUUUUAGUCCGAGAAAAAAAACGACAUAGUAUACUAUGACCAAAAUGUCAGAUUUUUGGGUGAAAAAAAAAUUCUGAUUUAAGGAUGUAAAAACAUGCCAUAGUACAGUCUGAUCAAAAUUACAUAGAUUAGGAUGUUAAAAAGGUUAUAUAAUAGCACGUAAAAAAAUUAAUAUUUUGACUCCGAGAAAAAAAACGACAUAGUAUACUAUGACCAAAAUGUCAGAUUAUAGGGUGAAAAAAAAUUUCUGAUUUCAGGGUGAAAAAACAUGCCAUAGUAUAGUCUGAUCAAAAUGACAUAGAUUAGGAUGUUCAAAAUUUCAUAUGUUUGCAUUUAAAAAAAAAAUAUAUUUUGUUCCGAAAAAAAAACGUCAUAGUAUACUAUGACCAAAAUUUCAGAUUUUAGGGUGAAAAAAAAUUCUGAUUUAAGGAUGUAAAAACAUGUCAUAGUAUAGUCUGAUCAAAAUGACAUAGAUUAGGAUGUUCAAAAUUUCAUAUUUUUGCAUGAAAAAAAAAUAUAUAUUUUGUUCCGAAAAAAGAACGUCAUAGUAUACUAUGACCAAAAUUUCAGAUUUUAGGGUGAAAAAAAAAUUCUGAUUUAAGGAUGUAAAAACAUGCCGUAGUACAGUCUGAUCAAAAUGACAUAGAUUAGGAUGUUAAAAAUGUUAUAUUAUAGCACGUAAAAAAAUUUAUAUUUUUAGUCCAAGAAAAAAAAACGACAUAGUAUACUAUGACCAAAAUUUCUGAUUUUUGGGUGAAAAAAAUUUUCUGAUUUAAGGAUGAAAAAACAUGCCAUAGUACAGUCUGAUCAAAAUUACAUAGACUAGGAUGUUCAAAAUGUCAUAUUUAACCAAGUGAAAAAAAAAAAUAUUUUUAGUCUGAGAAAAAAACGUCAUAGUAUACUAUGACCAAAAUGUCAGAUUUUUGGGUGAAAAAAAAAUUCUGAUUUAAGGGUGUAAAAACAUGCAAUAGUAUAGUCUGAUCAAAAUGACAUAGAUAAGGAUGUUCAAAAUUUCAUAUUUUUGCAUGAAAAAAAAAUAUAUAUUUUGUUCCGAAAAAAAAACGUCAUAGUAUACUAUGACCAAAAUUUCAGAUUUUAUGGUGAAAAAAAAAUUCUGAUUUUAGGAUGAAAAAAACAUAACAUAGUAUAGUCUGAUCAAAAUGACAAAGAUUAGGAUGUUAAAAAUGUUAUAUUAUAGCACAUAAAAAAAAUUUAUAUUUUAAGUCUAAGAAAAAAAACGACAUAGUAUACUAUGACCAAAAUGUCAGAUUUUUGGGUGAAAAUUUUUUUCUGAUUUAAGGGUGAAAAAACAUGCCAUAGUACAGUCUGAUCAAAAUGAUAUAGAUUAAGAUGUUCAAAAUGUCAUAUUUUUGCAUGAAAAAAAUAUAUAUAUUUUGUUCCGAAAAAAAAAACGUCAUAGUAUACUAUGACCAAAAUUUCAGAUUUUAGGGUGAAAAAAAAAUUCUGAUUUAAGGAUGUAAAAACAUGCCAUAGUACAGUCUGAUCAAAAUGACAUAGAUUAGGAUGUUCAAAAUGUCAUAUUAUAGCACGUAAAAAAAAUUUAUGUUUUUAGUCCAAGAAAAAAAAUGACAUAGUAUACUAUGACCAAAAUUUCCGAUUUUUGGGUGAAAAAAAUUUCUGAUUUAAGGAUGAAAAAACAUGCCAUAGUACAGUCUGAUCAAAAUUACAUAGAUUAGGAUGUUCAAAAUGUCAUAUUUAACCAAGUGAAAAAAAAAAACUUUUAGUCCGAAAAAAAAACCGACAUAGUAUACUAUGACCAAAAUGUCAGAUUUUAGGGUGAAAAAAAAAUUCUGAUUUAAGGAUGUAAAAACAUGUCAUAGUAUAGUCUGAUCAAAAUUACAUAGAUUAGGAUGUUAAAAAUGUCAUAUUUAACCAAGUGAAAAAGAAAAAUAUUUUAAGUCCGAGAAAAAAAACGACAUAGUAUACUAUGACCGAAAUGUCAGAUUUUUGGGUGAAAAUUUUUUUCUGAUUUAAGGGUGAAAAAACAUGCCAUAGUAUAGUCUGAUCAAAAUGAUAUAGAUAAAGAUGUUCAAAAUGUCAUAUUUUUGCAUGAAAAAAAUAUAUAUAUUUUGUUCCGAAAAAAAAAAACUUCAUAGUAUACUAUGACCAAAAUUUCAGAUUUUAGGGUGAAAAAAAUAUUCUGAUUUAAGGAUGUAAAAACAUGUCAUAGUACAGUCUGAUCAAAAUGAUAUAGAUUCUGAUGUUCAAAAUGUCAUAUUUUUGCAUGAAAAAAAAAUAUAUAUUUUGUUCCGAAAAAAAAAAGGUCAUAGUAUACUAUGACCAAAAUUUCAGAUUUUAGGGUGAAAAAAAAAAUUCUGAUUUAAGGAUGUAAAAACAUGCCAUAGUACAGUCUGAUCAAAAUUACAUAGAUUAGGAUGUUAAAAAUGUAAUAUUAUAGCACGUAAAAAAAUUAAUAUUUUUACUCCAAGAAAAAAAACGACAUAGUAUACUAUGACCAAAAUUUCCGAUUUUUGGGUAAAAAAAAAAUUCUGAUUUAAGGAUGAAAAAACAUGCCAUAGUACAGUCUGAUCAAAAUUACAUAGAUGAGGAUGUUCAAAAUGUCAUAUUUAACCAAGUGAAAAAAAAAAAAAAUUUAGUCCGAAAAAAAAAACGACAUAGUAUACUAUGACCAAAAUUUCAGAUUUUAGGGUGAAAAAAAAAUUCUGAUUUAAGGAUGUAAAAACAUGUCAUAGUACAGUCUGAUCAAAAUUACAUAGAUUAGGAUGUUAAAAAUGUCAUAUUUAACCAAGUGAAAAAGAAAAAUAUUUUAAGUCCGAGAAAAAAACGACAUAGUAUACUAUGACCAAAAUGUCAGAUUUUUGGGUGAAAAACUUUUUCUGAUUUAAGGGUGAAAAAACAUGUCAUAGUACAGUCUGAUCAAAAUUACAAAGAUUAGGAUGUUAAAAAUGUCAUAUUUAACCAAGUGAAAAAGAAAAAUAUUUUAAGUCCGAGAAAAAAAAAACGACAUAGUAUACUAUGACCAAAAUGUCAGAUUUUUGGGUGAAAAACUUUUUCUGAUUUAAGGGUGAAAAAACAUGCCAUAGUAUAGUCUGAUCAAAAUAACAUAGAUUAGGAUGUUCAAAAUGUCAUAUUUUGGCAUGAAAAUAAUAUAUAUAUUUUGUUCCGAAAAAAAAACGUCAUAGUAUACUAUGACCAAAAUGUCAGAUUUUAGGGUGAAAAAAAAUUUCUGAUUUAAGGGUGAAAAACAUGCCAUAGUAUAGUCUCAACAAAAUGACAUAGAUUAGGAUGUUCAAAAUUUCAUAUUUUUGCAUGAAAAAAAAGAUAUAUAUUUUGUUCCGAAAAAAAAACGACAUAGUAUACUAUGACAAAAUUUUCAGAUUUUUGGGUGAAAAAAAAAUUCUGAUUUAAGGAUGAAAAAACAUGCCACAGUAUCGUCUGAUCAAAAUGACGUAGAUUAGGAUGUUCAAAAUUUUAUAUUUUAGCAAGAUAAAAUAAAAUCAUUGUCACGUCUGUGGGUGUGGUCGUGUCCUGUGUCUUCUGCUGUGUGUCUCUGUCUGCUAGGUUCCUCCCCAGGUGUCUCAGGUGAACCUGCUUGGUGUGAUGAGUGGAAGCGGAUAUCAGAAGACACAGCUGCACUGACUCUCUGUCAGCCCUCGGGAUCGUCACCUGUGCUGCAGACCUCCUAAUUGCUGACUGUGUGUCGAUCUUGUGCAUUUUGGUGUUCUUGAAUCCAGGUUUUCCUGUGGCAGGAGGCUGUUGUGUUUCUUUUGUUUGUUUAAAUAGUUGGCAGUGAAUUUUGUUUUUUGAAAAACUUAUUGAUAAUCAGCCUUGUGCUCGCCUUUAGUUGUUAUUUUUUUGUUAUCGGCUUUUUGAUUGUAAAUAAAUUACUCGCUUAUUCUGAUUUCCUGUUUCCCUACUCUUCAUUUAGUCUCCCCUGCCCGCUUUGGGUUUAUUGUUACUUCCUAUCUUCCCCUAACUAUUUUCCCGGGUUGUACCAAAAAAAAGACUUCAUAGUAUACUAUGACCAAAAUUUCAGAUUUUAGGCAAAAAAAAAAUCUGAUUUAAGGAUGAAAAAACAUGCCAUAGUAUAGUCUGAUCAAAAUGACAUAGAUUAGGAUGUUCAAAACGUCCAAUUUGAGCAUGUAGAGAAAUAUCAUUUUUUAGUCUGAAAAAAAAACGUCAUAGUAUACUAUGACCAAAACUUCAGAUUUUCAGGUGAAAACAAAAUUCUGAUUUAACGAUAAAAAAACAUGCCAUUGUAUGGUCUGAUCAUAAUGACAUAGAUUAGGAUGUUCAAAAUGUCAUAUUUAACCAUGUGAAAAAGAAAAAUAUUUUUAGCCCGAGAAAAAAAACGACAUAGUAUACUAUGACCAAAAUGUCAGAUUUUAGGGUGAAAAAAAAAAUUCUGAUUUAAGGAUGAAAAAACAUGUCAUAGUACAUAGAUAAGGAUGGUCAAAAUGUCAUAUUUAACCAAAUGAAAAAGAAAAAUAUUUUUAGUCCGAGAAAAAAACGACAUAGUAUACUAUGACCAAAAUGUCAGGUUUUUGGGUGAAAAAAAAUUUCUGAUUUAAGGGUGAAAAAACAUGCCAUAGUAUAGUCUGAUCAAAAUGACAUAGAUAAGGAUGUUCAAAACUUCAUAUUUUUGGCUGAAAAAAAUAUAUAUAUUUUGUUCCGAAAAAAAAAAACCCACAUAGUAUACUAUGACCAAAAUUUCAGAUUUUAGGGUGAAAAAAAAUUUCUGAUUCAAGGAUGAUAAAACAUGCCAUAGUACAUUCUGAUCAAAAAGACAUAGAUUAGGAUGUAAAAAAUGUCAUAUUUUAGCACGAAAAGAAAAAAUUAUUUUUGAGUCCGAAAAGAAACGUCAUAGUAUACUCUGACAAAAUUUUCAGAUUUUUGGGUGAAAAAAAUAUUCUGAUUUAAGGAUGAAAAAACAUGCCAUAGUAUAGUCUGAUCAAAAUGACAUAGAUAAGGAUGUUCAAAAUGUUAUAUUUAACCAAAGGAAAAAGAAAAAUAUUUUUAGCCCGAGAAAAAAAACGACAUAGUAUACUAUGACCAAAAUGUCAGAUUUUUGGGUGAAAAAAAAAUUCUGAUUUAAGGGUGUAAAAACAUGCAAUAGUAUAGUCUGAUCAAAAUGACAUAGAUAAGGAUGUUCAAAAUGUUAUAUUUAACCAAAUGAAAAAGAAAAAUAUUUUUAGACCGAGAAAAAAACGACAUAGUAUACUAUGACCAAAAUGUCAGAUUUUUGGGUGAAUAAACAAUUCUGAUUUAAGGGUGUAAAAACAUGCAAUAGUACAGUCUGAUCAAAAUGACAUAGAUUAGGAUGUUCAAAAUGUUAUAUUUAACCAAAUGAAAAAGAAAAAUAUUUUUAGUCCGAGAAAAAAACGACAUAGUAUACUAUGACCAAAAUGUCAGAUUUUUGGGUGAAAAAAAAAUUCUGAUUUAACGAUAAAAAAACAUGCCAUUGUAUGGUCUGAUCAUAAUGACAUAGAUUAGGAUGUUCAAAAUGUCAUAUUUAACCAUGUGAAAAAGAAAAAUAUUUUUAGCCCGAGAAAAAAAACGACAUAGUAUACUAUGACCAAAAUGUCAGAUUUUAGGGUGAAAAAAAAAAUUCUGAUUUAAGGAUGAAAAAACAUGUCAUAGUACAUAGAUAAGGAUGGUCAAAAUGUCAUAUUUAACCAAAUGAAAAAGAAAAAUAUUUUUAGUCCGAGAAAAAAACGACAUAGUAUACUAUGACCAAAAUGUCAGGUUUUUGGGUGAAAAAAAAUUUCUGAUUUAAGGGUGAAAAAACAUGCCAUAGUAUAGUCUGAUCAAAAUGACAUAGAUAAGGAUGUUCAAAACUUCAUAUUUUUGGCUGAAAAAAAUAUAUAUAUUUUGUUCCGAAAAAAAAAAACCCACAUAGUAUACUAUGACCAAAAUUUCAGAUUUUAGGGUGAAAAAAAAUUUCUGAUUCAAGGAUGAUAAAACAUGCCAUAGUACAUUCUGAUCAAAAAGACAUAGAUUAGGAUGUAAAAAAUGUCAUAUUUUAGCACGAAAAGAAAAAAUUAUUUUUGAGUCCGAAAAGAAACGUCAUAGUAUACUCUGACAAAAUUUUCAGAUUUUUGGGUGAAAAAAAUAUUCUGAUUUAAGGAUGAAAAAACAUGCCAUAGUAUAGUCUGAUCAAAAUGACAUAGAUAAGGAUGUUCAAAAUGUUAUAUUUAACCAAAGGAAAAAGAAAAAUAUUUUUAGCCCGAGAAAAAAAACGACAUAGUAUACUAUGACCAAAAUGUCAGAUUUUUGGGUGAAAAAAAAAUUCUGAUUUAAGGGUGUAAAAACAUGCAAUAGUAUAGUCUGAUCAAAAUGACAUAGAUAAGGAUGUUCAAAAUGUUAUAUUUAACCAAAUGAAAAAGAAAAAUAUUUUUAGACCGAGAAAAAAACGACAUAGUAUACUAUGACCAAAAUGUCAGAUUUUUGGGUGAAUAAACAAUUCUGAUUUAAGGGUGUAAAAACAUGCAAUAGUACAGUCUGAUCAAAAUGACAUAGAUUAGGAUGUUCAAAAUGUUAUAUUUAACCAAAUGAAAAAGAAAAAUAUUUUUAGUCCGAGAAAAAAACGACAUAGUAUACUAUGACCAAAAUGUCAGAUUUUUGGGUGAAAAAAAAAUUCUGAUUUAACGAUAAAAAAACAUGCCAUUGUAUGGUCUGAUCAUAAUGACAUAGAUUAGGAUGUUCAAAAUGUCAUAUUUAACCAUGUGAAAAAGAAAAAUAUUUUUAGCCCGAGAAAAAAAACGACAUAGUAUACUAUGACCAAAAUGUCAGAUUUUAGGGUGAAAAAAAAAAUUCUGAUUUAAGGAUGAAAAAACAUGUCAUAGUACAUAGAUAAGGAUGGUCAAAAUGUCAUAUUUAACCAAAUGAAAAAGAAAAAUAUUUUUAGUCCGAGAAAAAAACGACAUAGUAUACUAUGACCAAAAUGUCAGGUUUUUGGGUGAAAAAAAAUUUCUGAUUUAAGGGUGAAAAAACAUGCCAUAGUAUAGUCUGAUCAAAAUGACAUUGAUAAGGAUGUUCAAAACUUCAUAUUUUUGGCUGAAAAAAAUAUAUAUAUUUUGUUCCGAAAAAAAAAAACCCACAUAGUAUACUAUGACCAAAAUUUCAGAUUUUAGGGUGAAAAAAAAUUUCUGAUUCAAGGAUGAUAAAACAUGCCAUAGUACAUUCUGAUCAAAAAGACAUAGAUUAGGAUGUAAAAAAUGACAUAUUUUAGCACGAAAAGAAAAAAAUAUUUUUGAGUCCGAAAAGAAACGUCAUAGUAUACUCUGACAAAAUUUUCAGAUUUUUGGGUGAAAAAAAUAUUCUGAUUUAAGGAUGAAAAAACAUGCCAUAGUAUAGUCUGAUCAAAAUGACAUAGAUAAGGAUGUUCAAAAUGUUAUAUUUAACCAAAGGAAAAAGAAAAAUAUUUUUAGCCCGAGAAAAAAAACGACAUAGUAUACUAUGACCAAAAUGUCAGAUUUUUGGGUGAAAAAAAAAUUCUGAUUUAAGGGUGUAAAAACAUGCAAUAGUAUAGUCUGAUCAAAAUGACAUAGAUAAGGAUGUUCAAAAUGUUAUAUUUAACCAAAUGAAAAAGAAAAAUAGUUUUAGUCCGAGAAAAAAACGACAUAGUAUACUAUGACCAAAAUGUCAGAUUUUUGGGUGAAAAAAAAAUUCUGAUUUAAGGGUGUAAAAACUUGCAAUAGUAUAGUCUGAUCAAAAUGACAUAGAUAAGGAUGUUCAAAAUGUUAUAUUUAACCAAAUGAAAAAGAAAAAUAUUUUUAGUCCGAGAAAAAAACGACAUAGUAUACUAUGACCAAAAUGUCAGAUUUUAGGGUGAAAAAAAAAUUCUGAUUUAAGGGUGUAAAAACAUGCAAUAGUAUAGUCUGAUCAAAAUGACAUAGAUUAGGAUUUUUAAAAUGUUAUAUUUAAGCACUUGAAAUAAAAAUAUAUUUUUGACUCCUUAAAAAAACGACAUAGUAUACUAUGACCAAAAUUUCAGAUUUUUGGGUGAAAAAAAUAUUCUGAUUUAAGGGUGUAAAAACAUGCAAUAGUAUAGUCUGAUCAAAAUGACAUAGAUAAGGAUGUUCAAAAUGUUAUAUUUAACCAAAGGAAAAAGAAAAAUAUUUUUAGCCCGAGAAAAAAAACGACAUAGUAUACUAUGACCAAAAUGUCAGAUUUUUGGGUGAAUAAACAAUUCUGAUUUAAGGGUGUAAAAACAUGCAAUAGUAUAGUCUGAUCAAAAUGACAUAGAUAAGGAUGUUCAAAAUGUUAUAUUUAACCAAAUGAAAAAGAAAAAUAUUUUUAGUCCGAGAAAAAAACGACAUAGUAUACUAUGACCAAAAUGUCAGAUUUUUGGGUGAAAAAAAAAUUCUGAUUUAAGGGUGUAAAAACAUGCAAUAGUAUAGUCUGAUCAAAAUGACAUAGAUAAGGAUGUUCAAAAUGUUAUAUUUAACCAAAUGAAAAAGAAAAAUAUUUUUAGUCCGAGAAAAAAACGACAUAGUAUACUAUGACCAAAAUGUCAGAUUUUUGGGUGAAAAAAAAAUUCUGAUUUAAGGGUGUAAAAACAUGCAAUAGUAUAGUCUGAUCAAAAUGACAUAGAUUAGGAUUUUUAAAAUGUUAUAUUUAAGCACUUAAAAUAAAAAUAUAUUUUUGACUCCUUAAAAAAACGACAUAGUAUACUAUGACCAAAAUUUCAGAUUUUUGGGUGAAAAACUUUUUCUGAUUUAAGGGUGAAAAAACAUGCCAUAGUAUAGUCCUAUCAAAAUAACAUAGAUUAGGAUGUUCAAAAUGUCAUAUUUUGGCAUGAAAAUAAUAUAUAUAUUUUGUUCCGAAAAAAAAACGUCAUAGUAUACUAUGACCAAAAUGUCAGAUUUUAGGGUGAAAAAAAAUUUCUGAUUUAAGGGUGAAAAACAUGCCAUAGUAUAGUCUCAACAAAAUGACAUAGAUUAGGAUGUUCAAAAUUUCAUAUUUUUGCAUGAAAAAAAAGAUAUAUAUUUUGUUCCGAAAAAAAAACGACAUAGUAUACUAUGACAAAAUUUUCAGAUUUUUGGGUGAAAAAAAAAUUCUGAUUUAAGGAUGAAAAAACAUGCCACAGUAUCGUCUGAUCAAAAUGACGUAGAUUAGGAUGUUCAAAAUUUUAUAUUUUAGCAAGAUAAAAUAAAAUCAUUGUCACGUCUGUGGGUGUGGUCGUGUCCUGUGUCUUCUGCUGUGUGUCUCUGUCUGCUAGGUUCCUCCCCAGGUGUCUCAGGUGAACCUGCUUGGUGUGAUGAGUGGAAGCGGAUAUCAGAAGACACAGCUGCACUGACUCUCUGUCAGCCCUCGGGAUCGUCACCUGUGCUGCAGACCUCCUAAUUGCUGACUGUGUGUCGAUCUUGUGCAUUUUGGUGUUCUUGAAUCCAGGUUUUCCUGUGGCAGGAGGCUGUUGUGUUUCUUUUGUUUGUUUAAAUAGUUGGCAGUGAAUUUUGUUUUUUGAAAAACUUAUUGAUAAUCAGCCUUGUGCUCGCCUUUAGUUGUUAUUUUUUUGUUAUCGGCUUUUUGAUUGUAAAUAAAUUACUCGCUUAUUCUGAUUUCCUGUUUCC